AUGCUCUGUGUCUGUACUGAGUGGAGAAACGUGGUGACGGAAGCGAAGACGCUGCAUCCGGAAUGGCGGUCGACGGUUUUAGGCCCGUCGGCUAAUGGCUCGGAAAGCCUGGAGUUGCUGAGAACCAACCAUUUGAAAUGGGCUGACACUCGCUUUGCACCCGACUUGAUCUUGCUCUCGGCUGCUAGUAAAGAUUCCAGUCCAUGGCAUAGUGGCGGGUAUUGGGAAGAGGCCAUUGCAGCUAUCGAGGAAGCGAGAUUGUUACCUCCCAAUUGUAGAAUCGCUGGAGUGUUCACGAUGAAUGCAGUGUUGGAAACGAGCGAGGAAGAGGUGGAAGAACAGGAAGGAAGAGCGGCAUCAUCUAGCGCCGUGACGUUGUCGGUUUCAGUUGCUCAUUUGAUUGACACGACAAUGGAGAUGGCAGAGUUCGAUCGGAAAACCCUGAGAAAGUGUCAUCGAGGAACGGAGUUGGAUAACCCGUUCACUGCGUUAGAAAGCGAUAUGCCGUCGUUUUUGAUGUUUGGAGUGAACGACACCAGUGCAAGUCAGUUGGUGGCACUGUUAGAGGAGUGGUAUCCAGGAGCCACAGUUGUUGGUGCAGUUUCACCACUCAGCGACCGGUGUGUCCCUCUCGCAACGUACUGUGGUGCAAUUGCAGCAAUGGUUGGCCGUCUUGAUCGAAAGAAGAACCGAGGAUUCAAGCUGAAUGCUCGACGACGACCACGUCCACGUGGCCAAGUAGUUUUUCCUUCGACAAUGCUUCUUUGUCUUGAUGGUAAAGUAGGCAUCCGGUCAUUUUCCUCAAGCGGCUAUCGUCCGAUCACACCCGUGAUUCGAUGUGUGCGUUCAAGCAUAGCGGAGGGAAUGAGUCAGGUUGUGACGCACGACCUCGUCGCGAUACUGAGCCACGACGGAACGGAAGAUACCUCGUUGCAUCGCGUUGUGGACCUAUUGGACCCUUCCGAAAGACUGGCUAUUGAACGUGAGGGCAGAUGCCUCAACAUCUUCUCAUGCCAAGACAGUGCGCCGCUCGAAGAUUUGCUCGAUCGUUGCAGUACAAACGAGAAUGAGGCACCGAUCUCAAACUCGGCGCACAUUAAUCGAUUGGAGUCUGUCUUUUGGUUACAAAACAACUUGAUGUCGCUACCAGGUCUCGGCUGGCAGGAUGGAGCGUAUGGAAUUCUUGCCUCGCGUCACCCGACGUGGACAUCUCCAGCACUUGCAGAGGCCAUUCGAAGCACCCAAGACAGGUUGUCUUUGGCAAAUGAGCGUGUGUUCGGUGCAUUUAUGGUUGCCGGAGCGUUGAAUGAGGUUGAGGACUUGGCUCACGCAAAGAAUAUUGGCCAGCUUUGCGCUGGCACCUUGCCAAAGUCCCAGCUUGGUGGGUGUAUCGUGAGCACCAGUGUUGGCCCUGUAGCACUUCCUGGAGGUGUCCAACUAUUUGCAGUAAGAGAUAGCGCUCGUGUCCAGACACAUACGACGUGCGGAGCACUUUUCUACACGAAAACAUGA